ACAUGAGUGACGGGAAAACGGUGAAGAUGCCUAUGCCACGUACGGACAGUGUGACAGUCGCGGUGCGCGUGCGGCCUUUCAGUCAGAGAGAGAAGAAUUCUGGGAGCAAAUGUGUGAUUUCCAUGCAUUCCAGAACCACCACAACCAUACAAGACCCUAAGAAUCCAGAACAUAGGAAGACGUUUACUUUUGACCUGGCCUAUUGGUCUCACGAUGGAUUUCAAAAGGAUAAAGAUGGUGUGUUUAUUUCAACUGAUCCUAGCAGUAAAUUUGCAAGCCAGAAAGAUGUUUUCCAUGAUCUUGGCAGGGGAAUUCUGGACAGCACUUGGCAAGGCUAUAAUGCCACCCUCCUAGCCUAUGGCCAAACUGGCUCUGGAAAAAGCUAUUCCAUGGUUGGGCUUGGCGCAAACAAGGGUAUCAUUCCAAAUGUAUGUGAAGAGCUCUUUCAAGCAAUUGAGGAGCGGGAGAGAAAUCAGGAAUACCAGGUUACAUUCAGUAUGCUGGAAAUUUACAACGAGCAGAUACGAGACCUGCUGUCUAGAACCAAGCAACCCGGAGGACUAAAAGUAAGGGAGGAUCAACACCUGGGCUUUUAUGUGGACGGCCUGAAGUCAGUGCCCUGUGAGAACUACGCGCAGAUUGAAAGGCUGAUGGAGCAAGGGACAAAAAUAAGGACCACGGCCUCGACCAACAUGAACGCCAGCAGCAGCCGGUCUCAUAUGGUUAUCACCAUUCAGUUCAGGCAGGUUUUCCUGGACAGAGACCUCACCAAGCAAUCCACGAUUAAUUUGGUGGAUUUAGCAGGAAGUGAAAGGCAGAAAUCUUCAGGAUCUGAAGGAGACAGACUGAGGGAAGGAUCACAAGUUAACUUAAGUUUAACCAAUUUAGGAAAUGUUAUCAGUGCUCUGGCUGAUGCAGCCACGGGGAAGAAAGUCUUGCACAUUCCCUACAGAGAUUCUGUCCUGACCAAACUUCUCCAGCCAGCUCUGGGCGGGAACAGCAGAACCACUUUGAUAGCGGCCAUAAGUCCCGCUGACAUCUGCUACGAGGAAACUUUAUCCACGUUAAGAUACGCCGAAAGGGCUAAAAAGAUCCGGAACAGAGCCGUGGUCAACACCUCGAUGCUGAUGAGAGAGUCAAAGGCAGAGAACGACAGACAGUGGAUAAUGAAGACCCUCCCUCACCUUCUCAACGUCAACGAGGACCCGCAGCUCACGGGGGUCCUCAAGUAUUUCAUUCAGGCUGGCUCAUGUGAUGCCGGUCGGGCCGCUUCAAAUGCCAUCCACCUUCAAGGUUUGGGAAUUUCAGAUAAACACGCUUCCUUCACAAAUUCGGAUGGGAAGGUGACGGUCACGCCACACAGCAAAUGCAAAGUUGUCGUUAACGGGGUGCCCAUCGUGACCAAGACAAAGCUGCAGCAUUUGGACCGCAUUAUCCUGGGAUCCAACAGCGCCUACCUCUACAUUGGGUUUCCGUCAGAGCGAGGCAGUGAAGACCUGACCAGGUUCGACUAUGACUUCUUCCAGCUGGAGAGAGCAGCUGCGGAGGGAGUGAGUGUGGACAAGCUGGGGGCUGCGAGCCACGGCGAUGGGAAAGCGGACCCCGGCAUGCUGGCGGUGUUCCAGGACUAUGUCAGACUGAUGCCCCUGGUGGCAGAAGCCAAUCAAAUGGGCGAAGAGCUGAAGAAGGGACUCAGAAUGGAACUGAAGGUGAAGAAUUUAGCGGCUUCAGACUCCAGGGGCCACGAGCUACAGAAGGAGGUCAUGGUGAAGGUGACCAACCAAAGGACCCGUGAGGUGUGGAUUUGGUCAAAAGCCAAGUUUAUCAACAGGAAAUUUCUCAUGGAGGAACUUUACCAGCGCUUUCUGGAUGGAGAAGACAGCCACGUGGCUCAGGAAGAUGACCCCUUCUGGGAUCCUGUCGAGGUUGUCCACUUGGGCUCAGCCCACAUAUGGCUCCAGUCGCUGGCCUACUCCAUGAAGCUGGAGGAGCAGGUGGAGUUCAUGAACUGCGAGGGGGAGGAAGAGGCCAUGGUGCACGUCUGCGUGACUCCCUGCUCCCCGGCGGGACGAGCGUGCGGUGAGGAGGACGUGGUUAUAGACCCAUCGGAGCUGCUGGGCAAGAGGAUGGACUUCCAGGUUGGCCUCGUGCGGUGCCUUGGGGUCAAGUGGCUGAAGGAGGACGCAGGGCGAGGCAUUCAGAUGGGGUACAGAAUUUAUGACCUUUCAAGCACUUUAUAUACCAAGCCUGUAUGGAAAAUGGUGAAUCCCCAAAUAGAAGAAACUGUCCAAUUUACAGCCUUAAAUGCAUCUCAGGAGUUUCUGAAUUAUUUACAAACAAACGCUCUCAUUGUUGAUUUAUGGGGUCUUCAAGAAGGCUGCGCCCAGCUGGACUGCUCUCAGUCAGACCUCAUGGUCACAAGUGAAGGCCACGUCAUGGUGGACACCAAGAAAAUGUCCACUCUGAUGGAUCCAGGCCAGACACCAUCAAAUCAGAUAUCAGAACUCUACAUGAAGCUACUCAAGUUAGAGCAGGAGACAGAGCUGCUCAGAGACACCAACAGAGCCCUGAGAGAAGAAAACGUGUUUCUCAAACAAUCACUUGAGAAGGUCGGUUCUACUCAACAAGGUGAGAGGAUAUCACACCCUCCAGCAGCCAGAGAGAUGAACCAAAUGUACACUCGGCCAGCCAGCUCCGACAGAGAAUUUGCCAAAGCCCUUAAGCUGUUCUACCACAGCAUGAACGAGGCAAGAGGGCAGCUUCUCCGACUGAGACAGGAGAAACCUCCUGAGGAAGAUGAAAUGCUUCGACCGUUCGUACAGCAACAGGCACAGAAGUUAAAGGACUUUGGAGACGUGCUGGAGUCCAGCUUGUGGAGGCUGAAAAACGAUGUCGCCGUCAUCGUGAAAAAGAAGAGAGCGAGUUUGCCGCACGCAGAAUAGCGCGGACGCAGCUGCUGACAACCCCUGAGCCCUGGGCGAAGCUCCCCCGCGCAGACGGAUUAACUCGCCACCAGAGCUGCGCUGUGGGCGCAACGCACUCCAGUCAUUUCUUGUGCCGCUUCUGUCCUUCGGUUUGAUUUACAGUCACGUAGAGAUGAAUCCACACGCAGGGCGAAGGUGGGCUGGGAGACAGGAGGUCUUGGGGGUGGGCGGUUCGCAGUCUGCGCGCUGGCCCUGGACAGUCUGGGGCUCAGUCCUCUCAUCUGUCACUUCCCGACUGUAGCUGGAGGCAAACGCCCCCUGCCCCCAUCCAGCCUCUGUUCCCUGUUAGGUGGAAAUGAGAGCAGCACUAACUGCAGAUGGGUAACGGAUGCAAAGCACCUGUAAAGCACUUAGCACAGCACUCUGGGCUGGGAAAAGCACUUAGAAUAGCACCCCGGGGCUGGAAGCACUCAGCACAGCACCCUGGGCUGAGAAAAGCACUUAGCUCAGCACCCGGGGCUGGGAAGCACUUAGCACAGCACCCCACAAACCAAAGCAGCUGAUAAGCAUCUGCCAUUGAUAUUUUGAUGGUAAACAGUUUGAAAGUUCAAAUAAAGCUGUUGUGAUGAA